AUGGGGUUUACUGGUAACAUUGAAUGCAGUGAACUUGGACAGAACAACUACCAGAGUAGUGAAAUAAAGUACCCAAGCCCUGGUGGCGAACGUGACAACGGCAAGAAGAUCAGUGAACUGACUUUGACGGUGGUACGCGCUCAAGGAACACCUGGUGGGAUCCUAGUCAAACGGAUGUCCAGUUUGUCUUUCACCAGCUGA